AUGGGUAUCCCUAUGUGGCGUGAGCCUUCCAAAUCUGAAGCAUCUAAGUCUGCUUUGGAGAAGGACUCAUCUUCUACUGCACGCUCGUCGAUUCGCCGAGGACCGUCGCGACACAGUAGCUCCCGCGUGCGCCGUGCCGAUGUCUUGGCUUCGUUUCAUUCACAGAUCAUUGAUGAGCUCCGACGCGGCGCCGUGGAACCUAGACGCGUGCCGCGCUUUUCUUUCAUCACGCCACAUGGGGCUAUCGAGAAUGCAGUAGCUAUGGAACCGGCCGACCGGGAAAUGCUCAUCAACUGGGCUCAGUCGCGCGCUGCGAGGCAGGCAGAGACAGCCAACCAGCCGCCCCCACAGACUGAGAGAGAGCUAGCCAACCAGAUAUUCAGGAACCAUCGCGAUCAAGUCUUGACCGAUAUGCUCGGUCGCAUGGACGGUCAGCCUAGAAAUACCCAUGCCAGCCCGUCAUUGACUCCCAACUUCGCUCCCGCCCUCGCAUACCACACCAGCGCUUCUUCGACUCCUUCGGACAGCGGCGUGCGUCUGCCCCCUAUGCGUGACAGAUAUAACAGUGAUCGCGCCUCCAAUACCUCAUUCCCACCAGAAAACCGGUCGCACAACACACAAACUCGACGAACCCGAGACCCCGUCGUAGACGGGCUUGGGGAUCGCCAGCGCAGUCCCAGCCCAGACGGAGAGCGGGAAACCGAUGCGUGGGAGACUUUGCUCUCAACGAUUACACCCGAUGCGACUCUUCCAUCCACUAAUACUUCUUUCGCCUCAACUUCUGCCGCUGCCCCAGAUAUUUCGCGCAAUGCUCGUCCUCGAAGCUCUGUCAACUUGACGCAGCCGAUGAACCCGGAAGCUUCCCGUGCUCACUUCGGACUUGACCCCUAUCCUGACCAACUGAACCCUUGUGACUUUUCUUCCGAUGACGAGGAUCAUCCCUCUGCUCUCCAGGAAUUCAUGGGACGGGCAGGCAUUAUUCCCGACCACCAUUCAACAAUGAGCAGCCAUCCUCCUGUUCCUAUCCCUACAAUCAUUCCUGCUAGCGUUCUUGCUCUCUCCGACGGGCACGACCAAAAUCCCUCCCUCUCCGAUCGUCGUCACCAAAAUGAUGAUCUCCACCACAUGCAGGUCAUCCUGGAUCGACUUGCCCGCCGUGAGGAUAUUCCCGACGACUGGUGGGCCGCGGCUGGCCUUGCACGCACUCUCGACCGUGGUCUCAAUGCGAGCAUGGACUCCACCGACACCGAGGGCGCUUCUCGAAGCAAUCGCAACAAUUGA